AGAAACAGCAAUUCAAUUCUCACUCAGCAUCUCUCUCUCUCUCUCUCUCUCUCAGCGCGCUAGCAACAGCAAUUCAAUUCACCAUUUUCUUCAUCUGCCCAAUAUCUAUCCUCCUUUCUCGCUCACAUUUCAUUUCUCUCUCCAACCAAAUGUUUCUGUUUCUGUCAUCUUACUCAAAAAUGACCACCACUACCAUCACCGCCUUCUCUUCUUCUCUCUCUCCUACUCCCUCCCCUGUCUUCUUCUUGUUCCUCUUCUUCUUCACUCAGAAUCAUUGAAUCCGUCUCUGUUACUCAGUCACUGAUUCCUGAAGCAGAACCUAACGCUUGAGACAGCAUGAACAAGCUUGUGGUGGAAGUUCUGGAUGCGAGCGACUUGAUGCCCAAAGAUGGAGAAGGCUCAGCUAGCCCCUUUGUAGAGGUAGAAUUUGACAAGCAAAAGCAGAGGACUCAAACCAAGCUCAAGGACCUGAAUCCUCAGUGGAAUGAGAAGCUAGUGUUCAACGUCGAUGACCCCAGAGAUCUUCCCAACAAGACGAUUAAGAUUGUCGUGUACAACAAUCGAAGAGCCGAUACGGGUUUCCAUCAGAACUUCCUUGGAAGGGUCGUAAUUAAAGGUGAGACUGUUUCUUUCUCUGACUCUGACGCCACUGUUCAGCGAUAUCCUCUUGACAAACGAAGUCUAAUGUCACGUAUCAGAGGAGAAAUCGCUCUCAGAGCCUAUGUAGUUUAUGACCCUUCUGGUUAUGCUCCUCCUCCUCCUCCUCCUUCGCAAGAACAAGGAGCAAAAGUCAGUCCUGUGAUGGAUGAACCUGUGGAAGAGACUCCUCUGCAAGAGAUUAACACCAACAAGCUAGAUCACCAUGAAGAAAGAAGAGUUGGCGAUGAUAGUGCGAUGAAGAAGAAGAAGGAGCCAGAAGUCAGAAUUUUUCACUCCAUCGGAACUGAGAAACCCGAUAACCCUCCUGCACCUGCUCCUCCACCGCCGGCGGCACCGACGAGGUCUGAUUUUGCUCGUGCAGGUCCACCGAAUGUGAUGUUGAUGCAGGUACCGAAGCAGAACCCAGAGUUUGCAUUGGUUGAGACGAGCCCACCUCUAGCAGCUCGCUUGAGGUAUAGAAGAGGGAGCAAAAUAUCAACCACAUAUGAUUUAGUGGAACAGAUGCAUUACUUGUAUGUGAGUGUGGUGAAGGCAAGAGAUCUUCCAGUGAUGGAUGUGACAGGAAGUCUUGAUCCUUAUGUGGAAGUGAAACUUGGGAACUACAAAGGAGUAACGAAGCACUUGGAGAAGAAUCAGAACCCGGUUUGGAAGCAGAUUUUUGCCUUCUCGAAGGAACGAUUGCAAUCAAACUUGCUUGAAGUGACUGUGAAGGACAAAGAUUUUGUUAAGGAUGAUUUUGUGGGCAGAGUUUGGUUUGAUCUCACUGAAGUACCUCUUAGGCUACCCCCAGAUAGCCCUUUGGCUCCUCAGUGGUACAGAUUGGAGAACAAGAAAGGGGAAAAACUACAUAAAGGUGAAGUGAUGCUUGCAGUUUGGAUGGGAACUCAAGCUGAUGAGUCCUUUCCUGAGGCAUGGCAUUCUGAUGCACACAAUGUUAGUCACACAAACUUGGCCAAUACAAGAUCAAAGGUAUAUUUCUCCCCAAAGCUUUACUAUCUCAGAGUUCAAGUGAUUGAAGCUCAGGAUCUUGUGCCGUCUGAGAAAGGAAGAGUUCCUGAAGCAGUGGUGAAAGUACAACUUGGAGGUCAAAUGAGAUACACUAGGCUUUCUCAAGUUAAAGGAAUAAACCCAGUUUGGAAUGAUGAACUUAUGUUUGUUGCAGCAGAACCUUUUGAGGAUUUCAUAGUGGUGACUGUAGAGGAUAGAGUUGGUCCUAGCAAUGUGGAAAUCUUAGGAAGGGAAAUCAUCUCAGUGAGAAGUGUUCCACAUAGACUUGAGACCAGCAAGCUCCCUGAUUCUCGAUGGUACAACCUGCACAGGCUAUCGGCAGUUGGAGAAGAAGAAAAGGAGAAAAAGAAGGAGAAAUUCUCAAGCAAGAUUCACCUCCGCAUGUGCCUCGAGCUCGGGUACCAUGUUCUUGAUGAGUCCACACAUUUCAGCAGUGAUCUCCAGCCAUCCUCCAAGCACUUGAGGAAACAAAGCAUUGGAAUUCUUGAAGUUGGCAUACUGAGUGCAAGGAAUUUGCUGCCUAUGAAGGGGAAGGAUGGCAGAACAACUGAUGCAUAUUGUGUAGCUAAGUAUGGCAACAAAUGGGUUCGAACCAGAACUCUGCUUGACACGCUUUUCCCUCGCUGGAACGAGCAGUACACAUGGGAAGUUUAUGAUCUUUGCACUGUGAUCACAAUUGGGAUGUUUGAUAACAACCACAUCAAUGGCAGCAGUGACAGCAGAGAUCAAAGAAUAGGCAAAAUAAGAAUCAGGCUUUCAACUCUUGAAACUGAUAGAGUUUAUACUCAUUAUUAUCCACUCUUGGUUCUCACACCUGGUGGCUUGAGGAAGAAUGGAGAGCUUCAAUUGGCAUUGAGGUUUACUUGCACAGCAUGGGUUAAUAUGCUUGCUCAAUAUGGUAGGCCUUUGCUUCCAAAAAUGCAUUAUGUCCAGCCCAUACCUUUGAGGCAUGUAGAUUGGCUCAGGCACCAGGCUAUGCAAAUUGUUGCAGCAAGGCUAGUGAGAGCUGAACCGCCGCUGAGGCCCGAGGCAGUUGAGUACAUGCUUGAUGUGGAUUAUCAUAUGUGGAGUUUGAGGAGAAGCAAAGCAAAUUUUUGCAGAAUUAUGUCACUGGUCUCUGGUGUUACUGCCGUGUGUAGAUGGUUCCAUGACAUUUGCACAUGGAGGAAUCCAAUAACCACUUGCCUAGUUCAUGUUCUCUUCUUGAUACUAGUUUUCUACCCAGAACUGAUCUUGCCCACCAUUUUCCUCUACCUGUUUGUGAUUGGGAUUCGGAACUACCGGUUCAGGUCAAGGCACCCGCCCCACAUGGAUGCGCGGCUUUCACAAGCCGAGAACGCGCACCCAGAUGAGUUGGAUGAGGAAUUCGACACAUUCCCGACUAGAAAACCAGCGGAUAUUGUGAGAAUGAGGUAUGACAGGUUGAGGAGUGUAGCAGGAAAAGUGCAGACUGUGGUAGGAGAUUUGGCUACUCAAGGAGAAAGAGCACAAGCUUUACUGAGUUGGAGAGACUCAAGAGCUACAGCCAUCUUCAUCAUCUUGUCACUUAUAUGGGCUGUCUUCAUCUAUGUCACUCCUUUCCAAGUUGUUGCAGUUCUUGUUGGCCUUUACAUGUUGAGACAUCCUCGUUUCAGAAGCAAGAUGCCUUCUGUGCCUGUUAAUUUCUUCAAAAGAUUGCCAUCUAAGUCUGAUAUGAUGCUAUGAGAUGAGAGAGCAAUAUCAAAAUCCAUUGGUAUGAAGACAAGUUCUGUAAUAUCCAUCCAAUCAGAAUUCUGCUUGAAAGCAACACUGUCCUCAAGAGGUAUAAUGAAGUCUGAAGUAACUAAAGGACCCUUUUAUUUAUCCCUUGGUAUGGUAGGUACCCAUUGCCUUUUCUGACAGUUGGUGACAAAUUAUCAAUAAAAUAAUAAGCAACUUCUUUAAUGCUUUAUGAUUCAUCUAACUUGUAAGGUCUUUUGAUUAAUUUUUAAUGACAUUUAGAACAGGAGAAAAAAAAAAUCCCAUAGACACACUAUCAUAUAGUUACAGUUUUCUUUUUCUUUUUUAUUUUUUGCCCCUUUCUUUCUUUCUUUUUUAGAUGGUCAAAAACUCAGUUGAAAGCACCAUUCAUCAAAUUCCAUGCUACUAAAGUGCAAGACUGAAGAUAAUUUUUUUUUUUUGGUGUGUUUCUUUACAAGUGAAGUGUACACCGUAAAUGUAUUUUUUUAAUAUUCAUGUAACUUUAUAAUUGCUAUUAAGGCCUUCAAAAGCAUCUGCCUUGUUAUUUUUUUGA